GGGAACCUGACGGAUCCUGGGGAGACAGGGGGAACCAUCAGGGUGAUAAUGCUGUAAGGGAAACUGCUCAGGGAAAGCUAAAUCAGGCUGUUUUUGUCCUCAUCCGCAUCCCUAAAGAACCCUCUGCAGGUCUGGUCUGGAGGGAAUCACUGUGCAGCACCAUGGGAGCCUCCUGUGAUAAGGCGUCGCUCCUCUCAGGGCUGCUCGUGUUCAUGCUGUGUGUCGUCUCUUCUCACUGCCAGGAGGAAUAUUCUGGAUACCACUCGGGUGAGGAACACACCUAUGAAGAGUCUUCUGUGGUUGACCACUAUGACAACUUAGCUUCCCCUCAACCAGAGUAUCCACCAGAGCCAACUCACAUCUACGGUGUGGGCGAGAUAUUUGAGGAGGGGGACUAUGACACUUUUGGUCCAAUCCCCACCCAAGUCACCAUGAUCACCGAGGACACCUUUCCCUAUAUCACAACCACCGAGUCUCAACAUGCCAAGGAGGACACCGAGAUUGUGCAGGUGCCAUAUGAGUACCCCCCAACAAGACCCGACACUGACUCCUCAGAGGAAUCGGGGGGUGAUGCAGCACUUGGGGAGGAGGGCCCAACAGAGUGUGACUGUGAGCCUGGUGAGCCUGGCUUUGCUGGCUUCGCAGGGCCAAAGGGAUCCAGAGGCCUGCAGGGUAAAACUGGUAAACCAGGGCCUCAAGGCAGAGAGGGCUAUAAAGGAACCAAAGGGGUUCAGGGAAGAAGGGGAGAAACCGGACCAGUGGGUGACCCUGGUUCUGUGGGAGAUGAAGGAGCUUCUGGUUUUUCUGGAGCCAUGGGAGAACUUGGACUUUCAGGAGAUCCAGGAGAGCCUGGAGACGUGGGUCUAAAGGGUGAAAUGGGAUUGGAGGGACCCCGCGGAGGAGUCGGACCUCCUGGUGAGACUGGUCGUCGGGGUGAUGCUGGGCCUCCUGGACAAAAAGGGGGUAAAGGUAUCAAGGGCUCUCCUGGUGACAAAGGCAAACAAGGUCCUCAGGGACGAGAUGGACCAAAGGGUCAAACAGGAGCACCUGGGUUUUCGGGGGAUGCUGGCGAGAGAGGCUACACUGGUUAUCCUGGACAGCCAGGGGCCAUCGGAAAGAGCGGUCCAAAGGGCAAUAAAGGUUACAGUGGCCUCCCAGGCAGAGGUGGUGAUCCCGGAGAAGAUGGUCCUAUAGGAGUCCCAGGGUUUAUGGGAGAGCCCGGGCUGUUUGGUGCCAAGGGGAGUAAAGGGGAUCAUGGAGUCAGAGGACCUCGAGGCAGAGUGGGCACUGUGGGAGUACAAGGAGAACAAGGGGAUGCUGGAAUACCAGGAAAGCCAGGACCAAAGGGCCUCCAGGGCCCUAAUGGGCCCAAAGGUGAGAGGGGACCUGAUGGUGAGAAGGGUGCAGCGGGAAAGCAAGGCUUGAAAGGCGAUAAAGGACAGAAGGGAAGCGUGGGUGACCGUGGAGACAUAGGACAGCGUGGAUCUAAGGGAGAUGUGGGUCCUACGGGUGCUUCAGGCCCUGUGGGACCGCCUGGCAUGCCAGGGCCCAGAGGACUGCGUGGUCCAGUCGGGGACGCAGGUCUUAUGGGCCGAGCAGGACCUAAAGGAGUGCAAGGUCCAUCUGGUCCUGGUCUUUCUGAUGAGCAAGUCCUGCAGCUCUGCAGAGGUGUUGUCACAGCUCAGAUCUCUCAGUAUGCCGCCUCAAUCAGAGCCAAGUGCUCUCAGGGCUGUCCCAUCAACCAGCACACACUUAUUGGGCCCCCAGGAGCUCGAGGACCACCGGGACACCCAGGAAAAGCUGGUAAAGCAGGAAAACCUGGAGCAAAAGGAGUCAGAGGUGUUCAGGGUGACAGAGGAGUGGAGGGACAGAAGGGAGCGCCUGGUGACAGAGGUCGAAAGGGAUCUAAAGGUGUUGCAGGUGAUCCGGGUGUGGGCCUGCCGGGACUCGACGGACCACAGGGACCCACAGGUUCGCCAGGUAACCCAGCAGAACCAAAAGAUGGCAUGGAGGGUCCCCGUGGGCCUCGUGGCUUCCCUGGUCCUGUGGGUCCACCUGGUACAGUUGGAAUCGCAGGCGUGCCAGGUUUUUGUGAGGCCCGGGACUGCAGCAUUUAUGCACCAGUGAUGCGCAAAGAGCAGGGUCUGGUGAAAGGACCUGUGAGCUAAAAAAAAAAUCUGAACCUAAACAUCAGAGAUUUUGGUGCUUCUAGGAAUCACAUGGUGGCAACAUCACGGUUUAUCUCAGUGAUAACAAUAAAACCUUCUAUAGACAAUAUUGUGACAAUAGUUUGUUAAAAGCUGUGAUAAAAAUGCCAGUGGACCAAAUGUAGUUCCAUGUGGCACUUCACUGACAAAUGUUGAUGUUUGCGGAAAUCUGAUCAAUAAAACCUUCUGAGGCUGGCUCAGGCUUCUUGUCAACAGCUGAUACUUUAGAGGGAUUAUACUUCAUAAGUGUUCAAACUCUGCAAUUUUUACUGAGAGCAGAUCCAUCGAGUAUGUUGAGAUUUGAUAAAACAAAUUGGAUGUUUUCAUUUCUUAAGUUUUUUUUUUUUUUAUUUCUCUGGUACCCAAAGAAUAAAUAAAUAAGUCUAUGUAAAUAUUUUGUAAAGUAUCUAAAGUACAUGUACUGUGCUCUGAAACAAAUAAACUGAUGUGUUCUUUA